ACUUGACACGCGGUCUUCCCCCUCGUUGUUGCAAUGGUGAUGUCGGUCAGUAUGAGUCCUCCUCUUCCUCUGAUCUUCCUGCUCAUGAUUCACAUGGUUUCUAGUGCUGAUUGGGCUGUGACUUACAGUUCUUCACACAUCUGUGCACUAAAAGACUCAUCAGUGAUAAUGAGCUGCACUUUUAAAUACCCUACUGGACAUCAGAUCAUGAAAGUGUUCUGGAACAAAGACUUUGUAGAACAUCGAGACGAGCUUGCAGAUCUGUCUGAGCACCCUGAAUACAGUCAGAGGCUUCAGUAUCUGGGAGAUAAACAGCAGAACUGCACCGUCAAACUGAGUCUUGUGACAAAGAAAGAUGAACACAUGUAUUAUUUCAGAUUCAUUACUGAUCAACCUGGUGGGAAAUGGGCUGGUUAUCCAGGAGUGCGUCUCUCUGUCACAGAUCUUCAGCUGGAGUCUCCUGAGAGAGUGACAGAGGGAGAUUCAGUCCGUCUGACAUGUAGGAGCAGCUGUAAUCUGACUGACACACCAACAUUCAUCUGGUACAGAAACUCAGAGAGAAUGAUUGAGAGAAGCAGUGAACUCCUGCUGCAUUCAGUCAGAAGAGAAGAUGCAGGCAGAUAUAGAUGUGCUGUACAUGGACACACACUCACAUCACCUGAGAUCUAUCUCAAUGUCAUGUAUCCUCCAAAGAGCGUCUCAGUGUCCAUCAGUGGAUCUGCUGUAAUAGUGUCUGGAGAUUCAGUGACUCUGAACUGCAGCAGUGACUCAAACCCUCCUGCAGAAAUCAGCUGGUUUAAAGGAGAAACAUCUGUAGGAUCUGGAAGAAUCUUCAACAUCUCCAAGAUCAGCUCUGGUGACAGUGGAGAAUACAAGUGUAGAGCCAGAAAUGCACUAGGAGAGAAAUACUCUGAUCCUGUGACUUUAGAUGUGCAGUACCCGCCAAUGAACGUCUCAGUGUCCAUCAGUGGAUCUGCUGUAAUAAUGUCUGGACAUUCAGUGACUCUGAGCUGCAGCAGUGACUCAAACCCUCCUGCACAAAUCAGCUGGUUUAAAGGAGAAACACUUGUAGGAUUUGGAAGAAUCUUCAGCAUCUCCAAGAUCAGAUGUAGAGCCAGAAAUGUGCAUGGAGAGAAAUACUCUGAUCCUGUGACUUUAGAUUAAUAAACCUUCAAUAAUAGGAGCUAACACUCUUCGGGGUUAGUUUGAGAGUCAAACAAAAGUCUACUGACUGAAACCUAAAUAACAGUUAGGCUUUUACUUUUCCCUUUAUUAAGGCUCCUCAAAAUGACUUAUGACUGUAAAAUCAUUAGCUGAGAAAACCUGCAAGUACACAUCCUAUUCUUCUUCCCUCUAGUCCAGGUGUGGGCAAACUUGAUCCUGGAGGGCCGGUGUCCUGCAUAGUUUAGCUCCAACCCUAUUCAAACAGACCUAGAGUUCAAGUGAUCUUGAAGACACUGAUUAGUUUGUUCAGGUGUGUUUGACUAGUGACUAGUGUACACCGGCCCUCGAGGAUCAAGUUUGCCCAUACCUGCUAAUGUCUAUAUGUUCUUGGUGUUAUUUUAUCCACAUUGUGAUUAAUAAUAUAUUAACUGUUUAUUUUUUAUCACAAAGACGCUGCAGUGCAUCUGAUAGUGGGUGGAGACCUGAAUGACUGACAGGAGCGUCAGGAUGUGAUUUAAAAGAAGCAAUAAAAAAUAUUCACAGACUAGUCUA